AUGUCAACAGCUACUCAAGUGGUGGUUCUCGACAACGGCGGAGGUCUAAUCAAAGCCGGCUUCGGCGGCGAACGUGACCCAUCCGCCAUUCUCCCCAACUGUCUCCACAAACCCCUCGCCUCCAAAAAAUGGCUCCACCCAAAUCCCCUAAACACCCCCGCCUCCGCCGAACAAGACCUCACCUCCGCCUCCGUCCGCCGUCCCAUGGAUCGCGGCUACUUAAUAAACCCCGACCUCCAACGCGAAAUCUGGUCCCACCUCUUCACCUCCAUCCUCCGCAUAAACCCUUCCCAAUCCUCUCUCCUCCUCACCGAACCCCUCUUCUCUCUCCCCUCAAUCCAACACUCCCUCGAUGAACUCGUCUUCGAAGAUUUCAACUUCACCUCCCUCUACGUCGCCGACUCUCCCUCCUUAGUUCAUCUCUACGAAACCAGCCGUAGCCCCAACGGCCUUCUCUCCAAAGCCCAAUGCAGUCUCGUCGUCGAUUGCGGUUUCUCCUUCACACACGCUUCGCCUGUAUUCCAAAACUUCACUCUUAACUACGCUGUCAAGAGAAUCGAUUUAGGUGGUAAAGCCCUAACGAACUACCUCAAGGAGCUUAUCUCUUUUCGCUCUGUUAAUGUCAUGGAUGAAACCUUCAUCAUUGAUGAUGUUAAGGAGAAUCUCUGCUUUGUUUCCGUCGAUGUCCCGAGACACCUUAACAUUGCUAGAAAGAGUGGAAAAGAUAAUCUUUUGAGGUGUACUUAUGUUCUUCCUGAUGGUGUUGCGCACACUAAGGGGUUUGUUAAAUAUCCGGAACAAGCUAACAGGUAUCUUGCUGAUGGUAAGGAAAUGAAGGAGAAUGUCGAUGAUCACGAGGAAAUUCUUCAACAACAACAUGAGAACAAUAGACAGAAAGUUGAUUUGACGAAAAAUGAAUUUGACUUGACCAAUGAACGGUUUCUUGUCCCGGAGAUGAUUUUCCGUCCCGCCGAUUUGGGAAUGAACCAGGCUGGGCUACCAGAUUGUAUUGUACGAGCAGUAAAUGCCUGCCAUCCGCACCUUCACCCCGUACUCUAUGAAAGCAUCAUUUUAACUGGUGGAAGCACCUUGUUUCCUCAUUUUGCUGAGAGACUAGAGAAGGAGCUUCGGCCUCUAGUUCCUGAUGACUAUGAUGUGAAGAUAACUACACAAGAAGAUCCGCUAUUAGGUGUUUGGCGUGGAGGGUCUCUCCUGGCAUCGAGUCCAGAUUUUGAUUCAAUGUGCGUGACUAAGGCUGAGUAUGAGGAGCUUGGUUCUGCUAGAUGUCGCAAGAGAUUUUUUCAUUGA